AUGUCUGCUUCGCACGUCCUUCGGCACCUGAGCUCUUCCGACACCACCGUCAUCGUCGCCAUCCUCAGCGCUGUGGUGUUUAUCCUGUUUCUCUGGAUCGUUCUCUGUUUCACCUGGCGCACCACUCGUCCCCAGACCCCUUCUAUUGAUGGUCGCGAUUCUGCCGUCGAUGAAGAGGAAGCCGAACGCUUCUAUGCCUUCCGCAUCGUUCAGCCGAGCUCUAUAAAUGCCCUUGGACAGCGAAUGUAUCACACUGCAGCCGUCCCUGCUUCCGGUCUUGAUCCUGGUCCCAGUGAGCGAGGUGGUGCCACUGCCAAGUAG